AACAUCUCGGGGCUGCGCUUCGAGACCCAGCUCGGCACCCUCAACCAGUUCCCCGACACGCUGCUUGGGGACCCGGAUAAGCGCAUGCGUUACUUUGACCCGCUCCGCAAUGAGUAUUUCUUCGACCGCAACCGGCCCAGCUUCGACGGGAUCCUCUACUUUUACCAAUCUGGGGGCAAGCUCCGCCGGCCCGUCAAUGUCUCCAUCGACGUCUUUGCCGACGAGAUCCGCUUCUAUCAGCUGGGAGAGGAGGCCAUGGAGCGCUUCCGGGAGGACGAGGGCUUCAUCAAAGAGGAGGAAAAGCCCCUGCCCCACAACGAGUUCCAGCGACAGGUCUGGCUCAUCUUUGAGUACCCCGAGAGCUCCAGCUCGGCCCGAGCCAUCGCCAUUGUCUCCGUGUUGGUCAUCCUCAUCUCCAUCAUCACCUUCUGCCUGGAGACUCUGCCAGAAUUCAGGGAUGAGAGAGAGAUGCCUGUGCCCCAGCCCACACAAAGUGGAGGUUUGAAUGGCACAACUGUGGAACCCCAACCCAUGCAGCCACCCAGUAGUCUCUCUGACCCCUUCUUCAUCAUUGAGACCACAUGUGUUAUCUGGUUCACCUUUGAGCUGCUAGUCCGCUUCUUCGCCUGCCCCAGCAAGUCUGAGUUCUCCCGCAACAUCAUGAACAUCAUCGACAUCGUGGCCAUCAUCCCCUACUUCAUCACCUUGGGAACUGAGCUGGCCCAGCAGCAGCAGCCUGGGACUGGCAGUAGCAAUGGGGGUGGAGGGCAGCAGCAAGCCAUGUCCCUGGCCAUCCUCCGAGUCAUCCGCCUGGUCAGAGUCUUCAGGAUCUUCAAGCUCUCCAGGCACUCCAAGGGGCUGCAGAUCUUGGGACAGACUUUGAAAGCCAGCAUGAGGGAGCUAGGCCUCCUCAUCUUCUUCCUCUUCAUUGGGGUGAUCCUCUUCUCCAGUGCUGUCUAUUUUGCCGAAGCUGAUGACCCUGAGUCUCAUUUCUCCAGCAUCCCUGAUGCUUUCUGGUGGGCAGUGGUAACCAUGACCACUGUGGGGUAUGGGGACAUGCGACCUGUCACCGUGGGGGGCAAGAUUGUGGGUUCCUUGUGUGCCAUCGCGGGUGUGCUCACCAUUGCCUUGCCUGUCCCUGUCAUUGUGUCCAACUUCAAUUACUUCUACCACCGAGAGACUGAUCAUGAGCAAGCUGUUCUCAAAGAUGAACACAGUAGUGCUCAGGGCAGCGCAGCGGGGGGAGAUGUGAAAAGAAGAGCCAGUAGAAACUCUCUGAACAAAUCUGUUGUGCACUUGGAAAACAGUGAGGGGUUCAACAAUGGAACGGGCUCCUUAGAGAAAGCCAGUAUCAAAGCAAAAAGUAAUGUAGAUCUCAGAAAAUCCCUCUAUGCUCUCUGUCUGGACACCAACAGGGAAACAGACCUGUAA